AUGCCCCUCAUCCUUUUGCCCCAGACGGGGACCUUCCGCAUUGUCUCAGAAGAGGAGCAGGCACUGCGCACCAAACUGGAGCGCCUCACCACCAAGGACCACGGCCCUGUUUUUGGGAGGUGCCAGCAGAUCCCCCCUCACACCCUGCAGAAGGCAAAAGAUGAGCUGAAUGAGACGGAGGAGCAGAGAGAGGCAGCAGUCAGAGCGCUGCGGGAGCUGGUGCAGGAGCGGGCCGGCAGUGAGGAUGUCUGCAAGGCAGUGGCUGAGAAGAUGCAGGGGAAGGAUGAUUCCUUCUUCCUCCGCUUCAUCCGUGCCCGCAAGUUUGAUGUGCACAGGGCCUACGACCUGCUGAAAGGCUAUGUGAACUUCCGCCAGCAAUACCCCGAACUCUUUGACAACCUGACCCCUGAGGCCGUGCGCAGCACCAUUGAGGCGGGCUACCCCGGCAUCCUGGCCAGCAGGGACAAAUAUGGGCGGGUAGUGAUGCUCUUCAACAUCGAGAACUGGGACUAUGAGGAGAUCACCUUCGAUGAGAUCCUUCGUGCCUACUGCGUUAUCUUGGAGAAACUGCUGGAAAAUGAAGAGACCCAGAUCAAUGGGUUCUGCAUCAUUGAGAACUUCAAAGGCUUCACCAUGCAGCAGGCAUCAGGGAUCAAACCUUCUGAGCUCAAGAAGAUGGUGGACAUGCUACAGGACUCCUUCCCAGCACGGUUCAAGGCUGUCCACUUCAUCCACCAGCCCUGGUACUUCACCACUACCUACAACGUGGUCAAACCGUUCCUGAAGAGCAAACUGCUGGAGAGGGUGUUUGUGCACGGCGAGGAGCUGGAGUCCUUCUACCAGGAGAUCGAUGCUGACAUACUGCCAGCAGACUUCGGUGGCAACCUGCCCAAGUACGACGGCAAAGCAACUGCAGAGCAGCUCUUUGGGCCCCGCAUCGAAGCUGAAGACACGGCGCUUUAA